UUUCAUAAUCUACAUUUGUUAUGCGGGCUAAUCAGCGCUGGCUGGAGGCUGUGUGGGAAAUGUGAUUAGUGUGUGAGCUCUAAUUAAGUCUGUGAAGCCUCACACGCACUGGGGGACAAGCUCGGGGAGCAGUGUGCUUAGAUGACGGAGGGCUGUGCGUGCACACACGUGCACGUGCGCUGGAUCAAACGCAGCGCGUGCACGGCAGAUCAACUGUAAAGGAAGAAUUACGCAACAAGAAAAAGAGUUGAUCCAUCUGUAUCCCUACAGCGCACACACACACUUGCCAGCUCACUGCGGUGCUCCGGUCGUCCCGGCGUACGCGCGCGCGCGCAUGGAUGCUGAUGGAUGCAGCCCGCGCGCCCCCAGCGGUGAUGCGGCGCUCGUGCGCCGCCGUUAAAAAGCGGCGGGGCGGCGCGCGGGGACCACAGUGAGGGGUGCGUUUGAGCGCGAGACACUGAAAAGUUCCAGCCGGAUUUGAGUUGCAGCAGCAUCACUAUGGCAAACACGGCGCAGCAGCCUCCUCACCUCCACCUGGCCGAGGUCACCGCAUCCCAGUUCCUGGACAUCUGGAAGCACUUCGACGUGGACGGUAAUGGCUACAUCGAGGGAAAAGAGCUGGAGAACUUCUUCAGGGAGCUGGAGAUUGCCCGGAGAGGAGCAGGAGUGGAUCCCUCAAACCCACAAUUCAGAGAAAAGAUGAGGGAGUUCAUGCAGAAGUUUGACAAGAACAGAGAUGGACGGAUUGAGAUGUCAGAGCUGGCUCAGAUUCUACCAACUGAGGAGAACUUCUUGCUCUGCUUCAGACAGUUUGUCAGCUCCAGUGCCGAGUUCAUGGCGGCAUGGCGGCGCUAUGAUACAGACCGCAGCGGCUACAUUGAAGCAAAUGAGCUGAAGGGCUUCCUGUCAGACCUGCUGGAGAAAGCCAACAGACACUAUGAUGAACAGAAGCUGCACGAGUACACACAGACCAUUCUCAGGAUGUUUGAUCUGAAUGGAGAUGGAAAGUUGGGCCUCUCAGAGAUGGCAAGGCUUCUCCCUGUUCAGGAGAACUUCCUUCUCAAAUUCCAGGGCGUCAAGUUGACCUCUGAGCAGUUCAAUUCCAUCUUCACGUACUACGAUAAGGAUGGAAACGGCUACAUCGAUGAACAGGAGCUGGAGGCUCUGCUACGAGAUCUUUACCAGACAAACAAGAAGGAGAUUGAUGCAAAGAGCCUGAUGGGCUACAAGGAGAGCAUCAUGAGCCUGUCCGACGGGGGGAAGCUGUACCGCGGAGAAUUGGAAAUCGUUCUCUGCAGAGAGCCAAUCGUGUGAUUUCUCCUCUCCUCCUGUGCAUCUUUGUUUUCUCUGCUUGCCUUGCUCUCUUAUCCUGAGACCACACCCACUUCCAGCUGAGUGGCGACAUAUACCAGGUGCAUGUGCCGGACACGCCCCACCCCAUUUAUCCCUCCCUUAAAAAAAAUCCUCCUCCCAAAAUGGCAAAUGAUGAGUCAGCACGACCUCCAACUCUAACCAUCUCUACCUUUCACACUCAGAAGAUCCCUCCCCUUUAGCCACGUUCUGAAUCUGACCCUCCUCGAUGCUGUGACUGACUCCCAACUCCUGAACAAAACCUCAGAAACGUCCACAGAAAUGACAGACCCCCCACACCGCUGACCCGGCCUCCUCGCCCCCCUUUGUUCCUUGGCUCUAUGACUGCAACUGUAAUCUGUGAUUGAACUGAUAUUUAUUUUUUCACAUUUUCUUCUCUUAACUCCAUUGCAUUCAAAUAAAAUUGUUGUGUAACAUGUCCAUAAAAUGGUUUUCAUUUCCGGUUGUUGUUUUUGGCUGAUACUGUCAACUGAAAAAAAAGAAUAAAAUAAAAUAUCUAAGACAAAUAAUGUUUAA